AAACGUUUCUCUCCCUUCCAGUAAACACACAGCACAAUUCUCAUGAGAAAUGAGCUAGGCUGAGCCAGCAAUAACACAGAGCUAGAGGCAGUGAUAAACUUUUCGAACAACUAUGCUUAUGCGCAUCAACCUUAUUGAAGUCUAUCGCAAAAACUUACUACAGCCACCUCUUCAUUAAGGACCAUUAAAGGCCAUGUUUUGACCUGAGCAUCGGUUUGAUUAGCUGGCCGAAAGUCAUUAAUACUGUUGCCCAGUUAAUGGGCUCCCUUUUAGGGUCUCGUUAAUGGUCCCACCUUACAUAUAUCAAUCAAGAAUAUACCGCACUUUCCCAUUUUUAUGUUACUUAUAUCAUGCAUCACUGUGCUACAACUUAACUAGCCAGAGAUGGACGUCCUUUCCAAUAGUACUUUGUAAUAUUAUGUUCGUCUCUUGCUGUAUCCUUGCGGCAUCUAAAUAAGUAAAUGAGUGGACUGGAGAUGUAUCUAUAUGAGUCAGUCGUUUCUUAGCCAGCUAACCGCCAAACAUUAAAAUAACACGUUCCAGAAUUUAUAACACUGGCAGAGCUGGAACAUAGAGAAUUAGGGCGAUUGAGAUAACUGUAAAAGGAAGAAGAGGCAAGGCUAGACUUGGGAAGUCAGGGGAGCCGCUUUUGUGAUGACAGCUCAAACGAAGAACAUGGAUUGCAGCCUGCCUAAGACAACUUUGGUUCGAGACGAAAGACCAGACAGCAUAAUCACCCGCAUAAUCCGAGAACUAGGUCUGGAAGAUCAAAUGUCAUGGGUGCAGGUUACCAUAUUCAUUUGGCUGUGUUUUAUUUUCAUUUAUUUUUUGACUGUGGAAUCCAUUUGAUAUGGAACUAAGCUUGGCUAAUUUACAAAGUUUAGAGUUGUAAUUGUUUACUGAGGCUUAUGUUUGAAUAGCGGUUUCACGAAAGACAAUAUCGGCAUAAAAAUUAAUGCGUCAUUUUCAAUCGUGACCUCUCAGUAUAAGGCAUUUGAAGCCGAGUUUGUUAGCUUGGAGAAAGGUAAAUCAACUAUAAACCGAAAUGUGUAACAGAUGUAUAAAUUGACCAUGCAAGUCAGUGGUAUGAAGUAGGAUUAAAAAAGCGAUUACACUUUCUCUGUCAAAUCGUGUCCUGUCAUGGUUUACUUCUUAAGCUCCUUUAUUACAGACCUCUCUGAUUAAUCAAUAUUUAGUUUAAUCCUCGAAGUGUUGUGCAAUCAAAGAAACCGAAGCCAAUUUUCUCAGUUAUCAUGCAACAAUUGUUUUGACCCCAUGGCAUGAAAUUCGUAGACAAUUAGUUUCUUAGUCUGGAUUUCAGUUCUUUUGACUGAUAGUUUAUUUAACGACCCUUGCACAGAAAUGCCAAGGGAAAUUUUCUUAGAUGUUCUCUUACAUCAGAACUAUUCGCUCCGAAGUGUUAUCAAGAGUUCAUUAAGCCCUUUUCGAGCUAAUAAUGCAAAUGCAAAUAAUUCAAUGAGGUCCAAGUUAAUUGUGUUCAAGCCAAAAUUGACAGAUUAUUUGUUUUUGACAAUCUGGCCAUGACUUGCAUUGUUACCCAGCAACAGUUCAGUACAGUGAAAAGUCGCACAUACCGUGACAAUAAAAUACUUCGCAAUCUGUUCUCCACUUUCGCCGUGUUAUGGCUUACAAAGCAAGCCGUUUAUGUACGUUACAAGACGUACAGGACAUAUGGAGGCCUUGUACUUCCCAAGUGGAUGGUUUGCAAAAGUUUAACCUCAACACUGUCACAGUAGCCUUCGAUAGCAACAAGAUCAACCAAGUUCCACACAGCCCUCCCAAGUGUAUUCCAGUGGAGCAGCUUGGAACAUUUGAGGGAGAGGCUUCAAAAAUGGAUUGUAGUACUCCAAUGACAGCAGUAAGUGACAUUCGUCAAAACGUCAGCGCCUACCGUGGUUACGUGACAUCAUCUAACACAUGCGCAGUAGACGACACUCGAUCCGUCCACUCAAACUCAGAGGGUUCACCUGACAGGGUUUCGCGGACAAAUAUCUUAUCGCGCAUGGCAAAAACUAAAGCAUCUUGGGUGGAAAACCAGAAGCCUCCUGAGAAUCUGCCGGAAGGAAAGAGUCCCAUACUCUGCAAGGGGAGGCCGCUUGGGAGUUCCUUACUGACACCAUACAUGGAAAACAAGUUGUUAACGGAUAGAGGUACGAAAGGGGUUCGCUACGGAAAGAAAUUUGAUCUAUUGCCGAUUUCGAAAUAUUUGACACAGUACCGGCACGAGAGUAAGUUUCGGAACGAAAAAAACUUGCCCCUUGUUCGAAUAAGUUCUUAUCACACAAUGUGUGGCUGCUUGGACGGUUUUGGAUCCUGGGAUUGCUCAGACGGGGAAGAGCAAGAUGACAAGCAAACAGCAACCUUCUUUACCACAAAGGACGUAUUCAGACCUUUCCACUCGAGGUUGUCACCCACGAAGGGUGAAGCCUUAUAUGUUGAGCCUGUACAGGGCAAGUUAAACACUGGCUUUAUAGAUGACAUCAGAUUGCCAAGACUUCAAGACAGCAGCGGAAAUGAAACCUUUUUCACUGAACCAAACAGACACUACAGAGUGAGCCAGAGCAGAUUUAAAACAAGGAGAAAUGUUUCUUUUCCUGUUAUAGUCAAUUAAGAUCAGGGACGCCCUCUUGUCUAAUAUCGCUGUACGACAGCAAAAACCGUGUUUUCAGAAGAAAACUGAGAGUGAUUUGAAGCAGGUAGCUUGUGAACGAUCCGUGAAAUACUUCCUGUGUUUUCAUUGGUCAUAAAGGAACAAGGAGAAGUUAGGUGAGUCCAAACGGCAGCCAGGGAAGGUGGUAAGGUAAGGCUGGAAGAGGCCCUCGAGACUCCCUUCAGAAACGGCUCAAGAGUGAAUUCGGCAUCGCACCAGACUUUGUCUUUAAUGAAACAGCUGAAUGAAAUGUCUUGUUUUAUUUACCAAAUAAAUAAGCCAAGUGCACAAACUCGAAGACAUCAUGUUGUCACGCUUUUCAGAUCGAAAGCCUGAAAAUGGCAGAGAGUGUAACCUAAGUGAUUAUGCAAUCAAAGUUGUUAAAUAUUGAAUACACUUGAAUACAAUUCCAUCAGUUUGGUGUUGUUUACUUUCAGCAGGCCCUUUACUAGGUAUUUCCGUGGACCAUAAAAGCUGCUUUCUUGGCAAAUCAAGUUCUAAAAAAAGUUUCAGUUGAUCAUUCAUUUGACCGCAAAUGCACGCUUGUGAAAAUGAUUACUGUUGCCAUAGUUAUUGCGAAAUCUAAUGGAUUUGUAAAUUACAUCGUAGGCCUUAUGCGUAUGGCUAACCAGAAAAAUGAACAUGCAUAUGAGAAAGCGCUUGAUCUCAUAAAAUCUGCGCAUGACACGAGUAGGCAGACGCAACACAUGUUAUUAGACUGGUUGAAGUUAGCUUAAAAUACUAAAUAACAAAAGGUAGCACUAUGCUCAGUUUACAAUAAUGACUAGCAAUCGUGGCCAACUGCAAGUGGGCUAUUCGGAAAAUAGAAAGACUUCCGUAUUUCCAUUGGGACAUCGAUACACGAUUGCGAUUUUGGGGGAAAGAUAAAAGCCAUGCAAACACACAGUUUUUCCAAUGGUGUCGAUUUGUAGCCCUACCAAUUCAAGAAAAAUAGAACGUGGCCGUUACUUCAGUGAGGUAACGAAGGUAAGGGUAGUGCGCAGUAUUAUUUCUUUUUUGGGGGGUAGCAGGUGAAAUUCGCAGUAGGAACCGUUGACUUUAUACACAACAAACUGCUUCCAUUACGUUGGAUGUUUUGUACAUCUAUAUGGAUGAAUACCGCAACAGAAGAUCAUACAGAUAUUACGACAGGUUCAGAGU